AUGGCAUUGUUGGGCAAAUUACAUCGAAGAAUAGUAGAUGUUGGAUUGGUCCCCAAGAUCGUUGCUUCUUUGCCUGUUAUAUCUAUAAUAUGCGCGCUUUUUAGUGUUGGAUGGUUCGCACUACUUCCGAUGGAAGGGCACUAUAGACGCACGUAUAUAUCAGAAAAUGCAUUGAUGCCAUCUCAGGCCUAUUCGUAUUUUAGAGAAACUGAAUGGAAUAUUCUACGAGGCUACCGUGGGGAACUCGAAGAACUGAUGGAUGUUUCCAUUCCUGUAAGAAAUGAGCUUGUAUCCACUUGGCUUGAAGAGUUUGGAAUGAAGACAGCAGUAUAUCACGAUACACAGCAUGGGGAUACACUCUACGGGCUUUUGCAUGCACCAAGAGGUGAUGGUACGGAAGCUAUACUGCUAACGGUCCCAUGGAAAAAUGCAGAUGGUGAAGACAACGUUGGUGGCGCUGCUUUGGGUAUUGCACUAGCACGUUAUUUCUCACGCUGGCCAAUAUGGUCCAGGAAUAUCAUUCUGGUAUUCAGCGAAAAUUCUAACUCAGCAUUACGGUCAUGGGUAGAUGCAUACCAUCGCUCUCUAGAUUUAACAGGUGGCUCCAUCGAGGCAGCCAUCGUGCUGGACUACCCAGGUUCCAAUGAUUACUUUGAUUAUGUUGAAUUAUUUUACGAUGGGUUGAAUGGAGAAUUACCAAACCUGGAUAUGGUUAACAUUGCGGUUUCAAUAGCUGAACAUGAGGGAAUGAAAGUGUCACUACAUGGAUUAGAGGGACCAGAGUUAUACGAAAAUAGUUUCUUUUCAAGGCUGAAAGUGCUUUUGAUGGGAGUAAAGUCGUCUGCUUUGUCAGGAUUGAGAAAACAGCAUGGAAAUGAAGCUUUCAGUGGUUGGAGAAUUCAAUGUGUAACUCUAAAAGCCCAUGGUAAAGAUGGAUCGCACGAUAUUACAACUUUUGGGCGUAUACCAGAAGCUAUGUUUAGAUCAAUUAACAAUUUACUCGAAAAAUUUCACCAAUCAUUUUUUUUUUACAUGCUAUUGGCUCCUAAAUAUUUCGUUUCCAUCAGUAGUUACCUACCCUCUGCCGUUGCAAUCUCCUUAUCUUUUACAGUUGCUUCAAUUGAUUCCUUUAUGAAUAAUGAAUAUAAAUCCCUCCCCUUUUCCACGAUUUACAACUCAAAGGCGUUUGUAGCGUGGGCCAUAACCGUUGCUGUGUCAUUCGCCAUUGCUCAAUUGUUUUUGCACUUUCCUGCAGCAAAUUUACUAAUUGCAGCUAGCUUAUUAACAUCACUCAGUCCAUUUAUGCCUUGUGUUGGUUAUAGAAUUUCGAGAACUUUAUCGUUCAGGUUAAAAUCCAUCGCGUUCAUCGUGUUUGGUCUUGUAUUGACAUGCUUACUGACGGUUAAUUUUGCACUAGCGUUUGGAAUGGGACUUUUGGCAUAUCCCUUAACACUCAUCCGGGUGUCUCAAAAUGGUCAACAAUAUAAAACAUUAAGGAUUAAGAAUACACUACUAUUAAUUAUAUCGAAUCCAUUCAUCUCGAUGUUGAUUAUUACAGCUCUUUUCGAGCCAGAUCUGGAAGGAAUACAAAUAUUAUAUGAACUAGCAUCCGCAUGGUCUGACCUAAGUUGUUGGACGUGGUUCGUAAUAUGCAUAGGCUGGUUACCUACAUGGAUACUUGGGGCUCUCUCUACCUCAAACAAACCAGAUUUACUCUCAGUAGAUGGCGAAAAAAAGGAACAGUAG